AUAUUGAACCGACACGCGCUCCUGCCAAAUGGGGUUUCUUCCUUAUGUGUAGGAUUCGAAGCUGGUUCUACUACUGAAACGAGUCCUUCGUCUCCUCCAACCCCAACCUCUCUUCUCUUCUUUCUUUCUCUGUCAGAGUCUUCAGUUAUUGACCUUUCCUCACUGAGUGACACGGUUCAAGGUGUAAAGAAAAUUUGGAGGUUUGGAUUUGUUGAUUCUGUGGAUAUCGACGAUGCAGACCAUUUCUGCCAAACAACAUCAUGGAGGGAACUUCAACAAUCCCAUUGCUCAGUUUUCCCCAGUUACUUCUGUACCUUGGUGGAGCGCUCUUGGAUCACAACCAGUCUACCAUGGUCCGUCGUUUGGUGUGAAGUCACUAUCGGUGGGCCCUGCAACUGGUGGAGACCAAAUUCAAGCUGCUUCACGACAAGUACACCGUGCUACAGACCCUGCGCCGCAGAAGGAAAACAACAAUACUUCUCAAUUCACUAUCGUUUCUGGUGAUGGCAAAGACUCUUUGAAGGCCCAAAAAGUUCAGCAAUUUCCUUCGAUCAUCUCUCGGCAAUCAUCUCUGCCCGAGUACCAAGCUCGCGUUGAACUAGGACUUGCUCAACCUGUGAUUUGCACGAAUUAUCCCUAUAUGGAUCAAUGUUAUGGUGUGUUCACACCAUAUGGAGCUCAAACAGCGGGGCGCAUGUUAUUGCCGUUAAAUAUGACAACUGAUGAUGGACCUAUUUAUGUAAAUGCUAAGCAGUACCAUGGAAUCAUUAGGCGUAGGCAGUCUCGGGCAAAGGCUGAGAUGGAGAAUAAAGUGAUCAAAUCUCGGAAGCCAUAUCUGCAUGAAUCACGCCAUCUCCAUGCAAUGCGUCGAGCAAGGGGAUGCGGCGGCCGCUUCCUGAACAAGAAUGCAAAAAGUGGGAAGGGUGGCAGUGAUUCUUGCAAAGCAGCUGAGGGGCAACAUUCGCAUUCUGAUGGCUCUCCAAGUUCUGAAGUUCUGCAAUCUGACAGUGGUAAUCUAAAUUCAUCAAAGGAGGCAUCUGGUGGUGGAUCAAAUCUAUCUGUGUCGGAUGUUACUAGCGUGUACUCUGGAGAUGUCAAUCACUUUCAGAUUGAUCAUCUCCGCUCAGCUACCUUCCGCCCUUUUUCAAACAUUAUGAAUAGUGGGCAAGGUAUCAAUAUGCCCAACAAGUGGGUUACAGCAGAUGCCUGCUGUGACCUCCUCAAAGUUUGAAUGCAGGGUUGGCAGUGGGGUUGUGUAGGUUGUGGCUGCAGUUUCUCAGCUUGGCAGAAAGUGCUACAGCUGGGGGCUAAAUCCUACUUGAACAACCCCAUCCCUGCAGCAGCUAAAUGGAGGAGCUAUGUUGCAGUGCUGUUCGCGGCUGUUGCAAUAGGCUCUGGUUGUGUGAUUGUCCCACCACCAUUUGGUUGUUGUCAAAGGCAAAUCAUUCUUGGCUCUAAGGUUCUUCUGGUCACCCACAGUCUUAUGGCUGUUGAUGGUGUUGAGGACACCUUAAUGUAUUAUAUAAAAUAUCUUCCCGUCAGGGUUGAAUCAGUUGUUCGGUAGAAUCUGAAAGUUUGGAUUGUUAUGUUUGUGUUAAAAAAAAAUCUUAUGUUUGGGACUAAGUAUGCUGGGUCUUGUUAGGUUCUACCACUUAUUUCUGUUAUUUGGAUUUGUAACUCCUUAUAAAACCAUAUAUUGUAUGAAGAUUUGGAGUGUUGUGUGCCA